UCUUGACCUGUACAGCACAGCAUAGCAACAUGCAAAGCAGCUGGUGCAAUGCGAUCGUUCUCCAAUCGCGCAUCUGCUUCACCACCAGUCUCACGAAAGACUACCAAUGAUCGGCCCACAUCUCACAGAAAGACCACAAAUGACUCUUCAGGCCGCAGCAAGUCCGUUGUGAGCCGCAGGACCACCAGUGGCUCCCAUGAGAGGAAUCGAUCCAAGGAUCGCAAGACCACUGCGCUUUCCGGUAGCGGCAGCAGGGCAGGGCGUUCUUCGACCUCUGAAGAAGAUCAUGAAUCAGAAGACUCCGAAGUUGAUGUGGAAAAUGUUCCCUUUCACUUGCGCAAAGCGGUCCCCUUGCACUUGGUGGAGGCACGAAUCUUGAAAAAGUCCGAGAAGGGUCAACCGUCAUCACCAACGGUUACCCAAGACAUGAGGAGACGUGUUGCACAGCAAUAUGUUCCACCGGAUGAAGACAAAUUGCCUGACGAAAUCUACGACCCCGCGCCUAUGGAAGCCGUCAUGGUGCGAAAGAGGGUUAUAAUUUUGCUGAUUGCAGGUUUCUUUCUUUGGUGCUUUGCUAUGCUGCCACUUCUUGCAGUCCAUGUCCUGACGUUUUAUCUCAGCAUCGGUGUCCAAACACACCGAGCUAACGCCGAUGCCAUUUUCGGGAAGCUUGAAGCAAUGGUUGCCCAGGAGCUCACCCCUGCACUUAACCUGGUGUACAUGCUCAGUGUACAGGCCAGCAUGGGCUUAUUCAAUGUCUCUGAGCCAUAUUGGGCCAUUACAAGAUCACUUGCGUACACUGUCCAGGAAAGCAAGCAGAUGCAGUAUGUCAAAGUGGUGGGCGCCGCGGAGCACAUGCUUGUUUUCCGGCCUGGCAAUUUGCACUAUGUGCCAAAAGAUGAAGAUGGUGAUGGCUACAUAGAUGUCCUUUAUGCUCCAGAUCAGAUCACCGGUGCUGUGGAGGUAGUGGAUGAUAUUUGUCAGGACGCCGACCCAUUCUUUUGUUUCGACAUCACGCCGGAUCAAUGGAGUCGUCUGACUGAUAGCUUGAAAGUGGACUUGCCAAGCCGACAGCUUACAGCUUGGUGGCUUGGGCCAGAGUUCUUGACAAAAAGCAAGCAGAAUGAAGUCAUCGCCUCACCUGAUGACUGGCCUUUGAUAAUUCGUUUCCUGGCGCAUGUGAACGUGACAGAGGGACUUCCUUCGAGAACAGAUCCAGACAUUGUGGAUCCGUUUGGCAUACCAGUGCCCCUGCCAGCGAGGGUCAGCUUGGACAUUGCUUUGGGAGUGGACCACAUGGGAGGUGUUCUUCAGGAGCGCUUGGACUCGCCAACAUGCUUGGGCACUGGCACAUGCACGCAGGAUGUGCGGCCUGAUGGAGGUGAGGUGUUCAUACUUGCAGCAGAUGGGAGCAUCAUUGCGGGCGCAGGCUGGCAGGCCAGACCAGCUAUUGGCGAAAGUGGCGAAUUGUACCAAAAGAUUUGGGAGAUGCAGUUCGAGUGGGCAAAAGAACUCACUCCGGAGGCAGUUGUGGCUGAAGACCGCAUCGAGUUCAUGACUUCUGCGAGUGAUUUAGUGGUCAUGAAGCCUUUGGGAGAGAGCCUUGCUGAAGGUGAAGAUGUGGCUGAUUCCGAAUAUCUUGGUGCAGCGAUCGAAGCAACCAGCAAAAAGGAGAGUCUCCACGAACGAGCCGGUGGGAAUCAAGACUUCUCAAGGUACAUAGAUGACUGUGAGGAGGCCGACACGGCUUGUUACAAAUCUACCUCAAGCGGAGCAGCUAGAAGCUGGAGUUCAGGAACUAUGAAUAAGAGAAGUCAUGCUCGUGGGCACCGGGGCUGGUGGCACAAGAAUCGGUUUGUAUGUUGAUUGGCGCGGUCAAGACAGCGGCUGGUCGGGUGGCCAAGAAGGAUCUUGAAUUGGAUGCUCGUGGUUGACAUGGGCACCGGCCAAGAUGGAUCUUGAAUGGUCUUGAGGCGUGGAGAAGACACGCGAGGAUGCAGCAUGUUCCAUACAGGAGUGCCCGUUAUGUUUUAAAACCGCAAUCAUGUGGUUGCAACCAGUCGCUUGGGCUGAGAGUGUUCUUCCGGUGUGGCGGAAGCACUCUCAGGGGAGUCAGUGAGGACCGGGAGAGACCUCUUGCAAUUUUUUGGAGUGUGUUUGUUUAUUUGACAAACCUGGUCUUGCGAAGAAACAGGAACAGAGGGCGGGGGAUAUACUAUAUAUACAUGCAAUUAUAUGCAUUCGAUGAUUAACAACUUGGGUGGUGUUCGCUCACUGGAAAACUCAUCAAUCAGGGUGUCACGCAAAAACAAAUAGAUUUUGGCGGCUGCAAAGCUCAAUUCACAACCGAUGGUGCACCAAGGUGUGCUUGUUGUCGUGCCUUUG